GCCACUCAGCCACUCAGCCACUCAAAACGCAGCAGCAUCCGCACACCGAGAGGAUCGCGAGCACAUCUGGGGGCCCCGAUCUUGUCUUCUUGGGUAUUGUCACCAAAUGUGUUGCGAUUGCCACGGAGGGCGGUACAUAAUAUCGCGUACGGCUCGCAAAUCGCGCUAAAUAUAUUUCAAAAUUAUCAACAAAGUGUAAUGCCAAAAAUGGUUAACAGUUACUCCCAUUUAAGGAACAGGAAACUUAUAAUUAUCGCUUAAAACUUGUGUGUUAUCAAACUUCAACUCAACUUCAACUUAAACACAAAAAAUAGGCCCUAACAAAGUGCUAAUAGUUCUAGUAAUAUACCUUAAAAAGAGCUAAGACAACGUUGAGAUAGUGUAAUAAACAAAUGACUGAAAAUAGCUGAAAAAUCGAAAUAUUUACAACCAAGUAAAACCUGCAACUUGUUGAACGAGCAAAAUUGUUUUGUAAAUUAUAAUAAAAUCGAAGUGAAGUGACCCAACCAUGACCAAAUACAAUAGUGGCAGUAGUGCAAUGCCAGCGGCUCACACCAUCAAGCAGGAGUACAACAAUGGCUAUGGUCAGCAGCCACAUCCUGGAUACGGAUACAGCGCCUAUGGCCAACAGAAUCAGAUAGCCCAUCCCGGCCAGAAUCCACACCAGACCCUCCAGAAUUUCUUCAGCCGCUUCAAUGCCGUCGGCGAUGCGUCGACUGCGGGAAAUGGUGGCGCCACUGCGAUCUCAGCCACCGGAUCGGGUACCUCGUGCAACUACGGCCAGGCAAGUCAUCCGGCAGAGCUGGACAAGCCGCUGGGCAUGAAUAUGACGCCGUCGCCCAUCUACACCACCGACUACGAUGACGAGAACAGCAGUCUCAGCUCCGAGGAGCACGUCCUGGCGCCCCUCGUCUGCUCCUCCGCCCAAUCCUCCAGGCCAUGCCUCACGUGGGCAUGCAAGGCGUGCAAAAAGAAGAGCGUCACCGUGGACCGCCGGAAAGCGGCCACCAUGCGGGAGCGCCGGAGACUGCGGAAGGUUAACGAGGCCUUCGAGAUCCUCAAGCGACGCACAUCAUCCAAUCCCAACCAGCGCCUGCCGAAGGUCGAGAUACUGCGCAAUGCCAUCGAGUACAUCGAGAGCCUGGAGGAUCUGCUACAGGAAUCCAAUCCCACACGCGAUGGCGACAACCUGGCGCCCAGUCUAAGCGGCAAAAGCUGCCAGUCCGAUUAUCUGAGCUCUUAUGCUGGCGCUUAUCUAGAAGAUAAACUUAGUUUUUACAACAAGCACAUGGAGAAAUAUGGCCAGUUUACAGACUUUGAGGGCAAUGCAAAUGGCUCCAGUUUGGACUGUCUGAACUUGAUUGUUCAGAGCAUCAACAAGAGCACCACGAGUCCCAUUCACAACAAGGCCACGCCCUCAGCUGCAGAUUCCCAGUCGCCGCCCACACCCGGAGCAAGUGCACCCAGCUCUCUGCACGUGAACUUCAAGCGGAAAUGCAGCACUUAGCUUUAAGUAUCAGCACCUUAGGCAAUUGUAAAGCUAUUUUUAAGAGGAUACACGAGAUACCCAGUGACCCGAAUAGGCCCUAAAUUAGUUGUAUAGCAUUAGCACUUAAUUAAAUGGUAAUUCAAAGAACAG